UCUGAAACCGAGCCCCCUGGAAAAUUAAGGGGCGUGGUUCCGUCUAUCUAAUUAUUUUUGCGCAUGCCCAAGUCAUCCUCCUUGUGUUGGCUAUUCUUUCUGAGAGCAACAAUCUUCCUUGAUCCUUGAUACUAUUAUGCCUUUGACAAAGGUGUCACGCAGUGUUCUUCAGUAGAACACUGCUACUCGUUCGUUACGAAGCAAUCACAGGUCAGCAGCAAAGCUAAGUUAAAAAAUAAAUUGUCUAUGUCUAAAAUGAGAGCUGUUGAGACAGAGCCUGAGAGUAUUUUACGUAGGGAUAAGCAGUUGAAGAGUAAAGCAAGAUCUGUAGAGUCAGAGGCUGAGAGUAUUUUACGUAAAUCUAAGGAUAAGCAAUUGAAGAGUAAAGCAAGAUCUGUAGAGUCAGAGGCUGAGAGUAUUUUACAUAAAUCUAAGGAUAAGCAGUUGAAGAGUAAAGCAAGAUCUGUUGAGUCAGAGGCUGAGAGUAUUUUACGUAAAUCAAUGAAUACAAGGUCUAUGUCUAAAGUAAGAGCUGUUGAAAUAGAGCCUGAGAGUAUUUUACGUAAAGCAAUGAAUAGAAAAUCCAUGUCUAUAGCUAGAGCUCUUGAAACUGAGCCUGAGAGUACUUCACGUAAAUCUAAGGAUAAGCAGUUGAAGUCUAGAAAAAGAGCUAGAGAAAGUGAUCAAGAUAUUGUUGACCGUAGAGCUAAGAAUAAAUGUUUAAUGGCUACUAUAAGAACGCGUACUAAACCAAUUGAUGUUGUUAUUGACGAGUUUAUGGCAAAGGUUAGAAUUGGACCCGAUUAUGCGUGUACUAGCUGCCACAGGAUGUUAUACAGGCAUAGUGUUGUUCCAUUCAAGCCUUCCAAGUAUACUAAAGCUGAUUCUGAACUCAUUGACAGGCUGUCUCAGCAUGAAUGUGUAAGCAAUAUUGACGGGAAAAAAUAUGUUUGUAAAACCUGUGAUGAGUGUGAGCUAGUACCAUUGAAGUUAAAGCGCAAGUUAUCUUACAAAGGCCACUAUCUCUAUAACUAUGUUAGUUACUAGUAUGUGCUAAAGCCUGGUGGUACUCACGCUAGCAUGUUAACACUUGAGAACCCUGACCAAAUUGUAAGCAUAGCACCAGCUGAAGGCCAAAAGCCAUUGUUUAUUAUGUCAGACCCUGAAUUUGAGUUAAUGUGUAAUCCUGACAAGUUUUACUAUAUUAUGGUAGUGGUGGUUUCAGCAAAGAUAGGCCAAGAAAACUAACGUACAGAAAGUAUUUUAAUGCAAGAUUAUUAGACAUCGAUGGCAGAUUUGCUAGAGAUUUGGAUUACCUGUUCGUAGCACAGUACAUUGUUGAGUCAAAGCAAGUGUUAGAUGAUGGGAAUAAUUUUGCUUGGAGACAAAAGCCAACUAGAUCGUUUACAGUACAAAACUCUGAAUUUUUAAGUCAACAUGUGCGUAACGAUAAAGCAUACAAGUUUCUAAAGAAUGUAAGAGGGUCUCCCCCGUACUACCAGCGAACCUUUUAUGAAUUGCUAGCUAUGAUAAGACAGCUGGGUACUCCUACAUGGUUUUUCACAUUGUCAGCAGCAGACAUGAAAUGGCCAGAUAUGAUUCAAAUUAUUGCUAGGCAGUAAGGUCAGCAUUUCACUGAUGAACAGGUUCAAGCAAUGUCAUUUGAUGAAAAGAGUAAAUGGUUAAGAUGCAAUCCAGUAACAGCAGCUAGACAUUUUCAGUACAGACUGAGUACUUUUUUUAAGGAUGUGCUAAAAAGCAAAGCAAACCCACUUGGUGAAAUAGUUGAUUAUGCUAUUAGAAUUGAGUUUCAAUCUCGAGGUUCACCACAUGCACAUUGCGUACUUUGGGUUAAAGAUGCUCCCUUGUAUGGUGUUGAUAGUAACAGUGACAUAAUUACCCGAGGCGCGCGUGGGCGGCCACGGGUAUAGUAGUCCGUUGGUCUGUUUGUUUGUUUGUUUGUCACAGGUAUAUCUACUCACCUGGGUACCACAGCGCUGCGUUUACAGCAUGUAUAGCCUUCACAGAACAAUAUCUUGGUUUAAAUAGUGGCAGAUUUUGAUGUUAAAGCUUCUUUGUCGAGCAAAAGCUAAGAAGCUUGAACUUGCAUGUUGGCACUAGCUAGCUACACGUGGCCUUGAUUACGUAGUUGCAGCUGAAGUGAUCCGUACCUGGAAUAAUUGAUAGUAGAAAGCUAAAAUUGUGACUGGUUGUUGGCUGACUCUGGAUCCUAUAAUUAUUAUACUCCAGCCUGGCAGGAGCCAUAUAUACCUCUCUAAGUCUAAGGCUCCAGGCUUCUUUGCUGUGAUCCCAGUCCACAGUAGAGUACAAGGGGGUAUUAUGAGACCUCUAAAUGUGUCUGACCCCCCUGUCUUGCAGUAAUCUUGAGGGAGCUAAAUAGCCUGUUCACUAACUAUUAUGGUCAAUAUGCUUUGCAUGUAAGCAAAAAAAUUAGUGACAGUGCUUUGUUUGCAGCUAAUGCUAGCAUUUUAGUGUUCAAAGUGGUUUGGGUAUUAUGAGACAGGGGGGGUAUUUACGAGACACCAUUGCAAUUAAUUAAUUUUAACGCUAAUUGGCUGUUCUAACAUAUCUGGAACUUUUUGAUAUUAAAAUAUAGUGAUUAUUUUGCCUAUAAAAACAGUUAUAUAUACUCCUGUUUUAACUGAUACCUAGUGAAUUUUACUACAAACAUUUGGCACCCACUUAAAUUUGGUCAAUUAAAAAUGUUUUUUCCAAUUAAAUUCUGUACUUAAACAAACUAUUGUGGUAUCUCUGUCAACACAAGCAUACAACUCCAAAUUUCUUUUGGAAAAAAUACUAGAGUGGUAGUGCUAUUAACUGCAGACAGAAUAGCUGAAGCACUCCCGUUUUAAACAGCUGUCUCAUAAUUGGUUCCAUCUCAUAAUACCCUCUUCUACAUGUCUCAUGUGACAUGUACCACUCAAUGUUUCAGCAUGCCUCCAGUCUGAUUUAGUAUUAUUGCUCUUGAGUUGCUGUGCUAGUCAUAAUAUGCUACAUGCACUGCAUCAUCACUCCUCUGGUUUCUUUAUUAUCAUGUCACCAGCCGAGGGUUUGCACUUUAGUGCUCUAGUUAUGUGCAUUUAUUGAUCAGUAUGUUACAUGUGCAAUCCCGGCUGUUGAUGGCAAAUUGAAAGAGCUAGUUUUGAUGUUACAACAGCACAGACAUUCUAGCUAUUGUAAGAGAAACAGGAAAUGUAGGUUUAACUUCCCUCACCCGCCCAGUUCAGAGACUAUCAUAGCUGAGCAGUGCCCUGAUCCCGAACAGUGUGAACAAGCUCAUAAAACAUUGGUUAAAGUGCGUAAAGUAUUGCCAGAUUGCAGUGACGUUGAUACACUAGAUGAUGUGCUUAUCAAAGCAAAUGUUGACAGAAAAGACUACGUAAAAGCAUUAGAAGUUACUAACAGCGGUACUGUUGUGCUGUUAAAGCGUGCACCUAAUGAGCAGAAUGUUAACAAUUACAAUCCGUCUGUUAUGUCAGCUUGGCAAGCCAAUAAAAUUAUGGACAUUCAAUAUGUGCUUAAUGCUUACGCUUGUGUAAUGUAUGUUGCCUCGUAUGUCAUGAAAACAGAGAAAGCUAUGGGUGCUUUGCUAAAGCAAGUUACAGCUGAAGUUAGAACAGAUGAACUUAGGUUUCAAUUGAGAAAAAUUGGCUCUGCUUUUUUAAACCGUAGAGAAGUAAGUGCACAGGAAACUGUAUACAGGUUGCUGUCGUUACCAUUGAAGCAACUAAGUAGAGCUGUUGUACGUAUUUGUUGACACUAAUCCUAAGAAAGACAGAAUUUCAGUGCUUAAGAGCCGUGAUGACAUUACCAAACUAGACAAUGAUGAUACUAAUGUGUUUCAAAAGAGCCUCAUUGACAGAUAUCAGCAUAGACCUGCACAGCUGAGCAACACGUGUUUACUUGAGUUUGCUGCUACAUAUUCCACGGACUAUAAGCCAAAAGAAGCGGAUGUUAAUAAUGAUGCACUAGAUGUUGAGAGUGAGUCAACUAACAGAAAGAUUGUUCUCGUUGGUGGUUUUGGGCACAUGUGUGAGCGUAGAACACCAGCAAUAAUCAGGUUCAGAAAGUAUAAUAAAGAUGCUGACGCUAACAAAAUUGGUACAGAGCAAAGCUUAUGCUGUAGUAUCCAUGGUAUAGUGAAGAAAAUGAUUUGCUAGGUGGUUUCCCUACUUACGCUGAGCAUUAUGAGCAUGUUAAGACAAGUGUGUCAGAAUGAGCAAAAGUAUACACGAGAAGAAGUUGAGAAUGUGCAAGUAGAUGAAGAUGAUAGACCUGAGCAUGCUUGGUGUCAACUUGCCCCAACGACUGAGCAUAGCAACUCUAAUACAAGAGAGCAAGGUGUUGAGACGACUAUCUGAGCAAGAUUUGAUAGAUAAUGCUAACCUAUUGAAUUCUAGUGCAAGUAAUGUUGGUUUGAGUGUUAGAUUUGAAAGUGCAGCCAAUCCACAAGUUAUUGCCCCAGACGAGUACAGAAAGCUAAUGAGAGGCCUAAAUACUAAGCAAAGAGCCAUGAUUAUGUUUCAUCGUAACUGGUGUAAGCAAGCAGUGAAAGCUUUGAAAAAUAACAAGCCUGUUGAACCAUACCGAGUGUUUUUAAGUGGCCCUGGUGGUGUUGGAAAAUCUCAUGUGAUUAAGCUCGUACAGUCAGACACUUUGAGACUAAUCAAACAGUCAGGCAGAGUGGAACCAGAUGAUGUUCUAGUAUUGCUAACUGCACCCACAGGCGUAGCAGCAUUCAAUGUGAACGGUAUGACACUACAUUCAGCAUUUUUGCUUGGUAGAGGCAAGUAUGGCGGGUUUCAGCCACUAGGUCACGAUAAAGUGAACACAUUAAGAAGUAAGCUGUCCAAACUUGUAUUGUUAAUUAUUGAUGAAGUAAGUAUGGUUAGUGCAAACAUGUUACUCGAAAUACACAAAAGGCUACAGCAGAUCAAAUCAGUGUUACCUGAUGUAAUGUUUGGUGGUGUAAGCGUACUUGCUGUGGGUGACUUGUAUCAAUUGCCUCCAGUUGCUCAGCCUCUGCUAUUCAGUACAGUUGGUGAUAGUUAUGCACAGUUGUACAAAUCUGGUUCAUUGUGGCAAGAUGAGUUUGAAAUGCUAGAGCUAGAUGAGAUAAUGCGUCAGAGGGGUGACAGUAUACAUUUGCUGAGUUACUAUGUAGAGUGAGAACAGACAGUUGUAUUGAUGAUGAUAUAACAACACUUGAAUCCAGAGAGAUUAAACUCAUGCAACAGUCCUGGUUAUCCUAGUGAAGCAUUGCAUGUGUACAGGCUUAAUGCUGAUGUUGAUGAGCGCAAUCAGCAUAUGUUGAACCAAUUUUCCCCCAGUAUAACACGGUAUCAGAUCAAAGCUAAAGAUGCAAUGACUGGUCAAACUAAGCACAUUGAUAUGUCCUCGUUAUCCACAAAGAGAACAGAAACUGGUGCAUGGAUUACAUGGUGUGCUUAAGAUAGCAUGUGGUGCCAGAGUUAUGCUUACAACUAAUGUAGAUGUCUCAGAUGGCUUGGUAAAUGGUGCUAGAGGUGAAGUUGUUCACAUUGUAUCUAACAGAAACAACGAGGUAUAGUCACGGUGCUAGUGAAAUUUGAUAAUGAGCAAGUUGGUGUAAAGGCAUGUCAAUCAAGUCAAUAUCGUACUACAUAUUCUAAUGCAGUACCACUGAGUAAACUUGAAGUUGUGUUUUUGGCUAAAGGUAAACGCGGUGCAGAGAUCACAAGAUUACAGUUUCCUCUCACAUUAGCUUGGGCAACCACAAUUCAUAAAGUGCAAGGUUUAACACUAGACACGAUUGUUGUAGAUAUGAAAGGCAAGAGAUUCAGCCCUGGUCAAGUUUAUGUGGCACUUAGUCGAGUCAAAAGCUUAAUUGGUUUACACAUUGUCAAUUUUGACGCUAAUGCUAUCAGAAAGAGCACUCUGGUUGAUAAUGAAAUGUCUAGGCUUCAAAGUAAUUUGUUACAGCCUGUGCAGCCACUGCAAUGCUUUCCAUGUACUAGCCAUGUUACCUUAGUAUUACUGAAUGUGAGGUCAAUUAUUGCUAAACUAGCGGACAUAGAAUCUGACUUUGAGUUACUAAGUGCCAAUGUAUUGUGUUUCUGUGAGACAUGGUUAUCCCCAGCUCAGCCCUCUCCUGUUAUCAAAGCAGACCAUGUGGUACUUAGGUGUCAUAAAGGUGGAACAAUGCUGAGCUUACCCACAUGUAUGAAUCCAUAUAGAACAGCAACCUUUGCAUCUAGUGGUAUUGAGACUAUAGUGACAGCUAUCAACAUUGAAGAAAAAGUAUUGCAAGUAGCAGUUGUAUAUAGAUCACCUAUAUAGUGUUUCAAUGCUGCUAUUCUUGCAACAUAUGACUCAGUUGCUUGGCCAAGUAGGUACACAAUCAACAGUUAUUAUGGGCGACUUUAAUGAUGAUGUUUUCCAUGUGUCUGGUUCCGUACUUGAACAGUUUAUGUUGUCCCAAGGAUAUACACAGCUAGUAAGGCAAUCAAUCCACUAGUGACCGGGCAACAUUGAUUGAUCAUGUGUACUUUAGUGAGCAGAUAAGCAAAGACGUGGUAGUUCAAGUACGAGAUGUAUACUAUAGUGAUCAUGAUGCUGUGUAUUGUUCAGUACUACUGCAACUAUUGUAAACAAUGUAUAUCACAUGGCAAAUAUAAGAAACUUGAGAAAACAAUUUAUUUUUAUUUUAUGUUCCAGAAGAUGUCCGGAGCUACCUAGCUCUAUCGUAAGCUUUAAUUUCAUUAAUGUGAUUUUAUCUUCCUUAUUCUUCCUAUAUAGGUUCUCCAACAUCCAUGGGGCUCAACAUUAAACAAUUUGUACACUUCGCUGAAAAACUAUGGAAACACUUUUGUCGCUACUUCAAUAUCUGAACUUUACGAUGUGACUCACUGGAAAACAUCUUCUUGGUUUUUUCCCUCCUGAGAGGGUUUUUCCCAUGGGAUCGUAAUUUCGGUCCCUAAAUACAUGGAAACACUCUGACAAUAUAUGAAAACGUCUUCUCGGUUUUUCCCUCCUACUGUUAUAUGAGAGGGUUUUUCCCGUGGGAUCAGCAACUAUUGUGAUUUAGAUCCCUAAAUAAUGGAACACUUUUUUCACUCAAUAUCUGAACUAAAUAAACUGGCAACAUCAUGCAAACGUCUUCUCAGUUUUAAUUUAUCGCAAUUUGAUGUUUUGUAUCAGGUACAUGCCAUUAAUUUAAUUUUAGACUUGAACUUUUGGCAUCAAUCGUUUUUAACAACA